CGGGCAAACAUCUUUGCUCUGGCCAAAGGAUGAAGAUGAUGACCACAUAGCUACAUGCCCAAAGCUUGUCAUCUAAGUAAUCAAUUUGUAUCCAUUAUAACCAUUUUACGUCUUAAUCUGUGUAUGAGUCCAUAGCAGAAGAACAAUGUGCGUCAGUUAAAGCCUUCCCCUCUAGGCAGUGUGAGAUUGGGUCUGCCCGGGCUGAGGAAUGUGUUUUUCUGGGACGGAUGAGGAAGCACUGCAGGCCCCAUGAGUGCAGGAGGCUGGACCAGAGCUCAGAGAUUAGCUGGGCCUCAUGACCAGGACCUCAGUCCUCUUAGCCCCACGGCCAACAUGGACGACUUCACCACCCGGUCCUAUGGCACGGGUACGCUCGACAACCGGCCGCUCUUCGGGGAGACCUCUGCACGGGAUCGUUUCAUUAACCUGGCCGUUGGUGGAGUCACGUCACUGGUUGUCAUUGUCACCAUCAUCAGUUCCUUUAUAUUCCCUGCCCCACCUCCCAAAGCCCUCAACAUCUUCUUUGGAUUCUGCAUAAUCAUGAUCUGUUCUUCAGUGCUAGUUUUGAUAUUCUGGUAUCGCCAGGGAGACUUGGAGCCCAAGUUCCGGAACCUCAUCUACUACUGCAUCUGCUCAAUCAUCCUCCUGUGCCUCUGUGCCAAUUUGUACUUUCACGACGUUGGCAGAUGAAAACUACUUACAUUGCCUUAAACCAAGCUGCACUGAGAGAAAAGAUAUCUGAAUGGCUGCCCUGCAUGGCUUUAUUUUUCAAAUGAAAAAUCAAACAAUCAAACUGCUAUAUGGUCAAAUGUCUUGUUAAUAAUGAGUGGUGAAGAAUGUAUGACUUAUCCUUAGUUCGGCACUUUGAAACCUCAGGAGUAUAAAUAUUUAAGCUUAGAGAUCCAAAUAGAAAGACUGUCCCACAGGUCAUAGUUUGUCUGUUUAGGAAGGCAUUCCUAGUGUUUCAGAACCAAUCCAAGCAAUUCACAAUAAGCUGUAUCAGAUAACUGCUGGGACAAUCAAUGAGUGGGACCACUGCUGCUAAGACUAGAAAGUAGAGAGCCGUUACUUUUAACUUUGUGUAUAUUCAAAAAUAUAAUUAUGUAUAAUGUAUAAUAAUGUAUAUAAUAAUAUGUAAUUUUCUAGCAAACUAAAUGUGAGACGUGUUCAUCUAAGAGACACAGAAAAUAUAGCAAUAUAAUGUGGAAAUAAAGAUAACUUAAUAUAAUUUCCCCUGCUUGUCCUUAGUUAUGACCGCCCUCUGCUGGUCAAAGAGUGGGAUUGGUGUUGUGAAGCAUGAGAUCUACCCGGGAAUGGACUUCGUGACCAAGACUUUCGAAUACUUCUAGUUUGUGAGUGUCCAGACACAGACGAGUCCAUUCAGCUGAUCUGUUCUUGAAUCAGUAGCCUAUUGUAUAGCUUUUAGAAAUCCAACAGAUCAAAUCUGAAUAAUGUGAUAGAGUAGGCUAGUUAGUGACAGAAUAAUAUGAUUAUUAGGCUAAUCUAUAACCUAAGUGUAGCCAAUUAGCCUAGUAUGAUACACCUAGGACACUUUAUUUUUUAUAUACGCUAUAUACCGGUAUUUUAGAUUUGUGUUAAACCAUGAGAAUCAAAUGUAUGUUGUAGAGUAGCCUACUUAAUUUCUCAUGGGUUUGUUGGAGAUCACGAGUCGGCCUUCAUCAGUUAUGUUGCCUAUAGCCAAGUAAAAUAUUUUAAACAUAAAUCUGCUUAUCUAACAUGAAAGCUUUUUUUGGU